AACUGAAAACAAUGCAAAGUACCUGCGUUUGGUCACUCCGGUUCCAUCACAAAACAAUGCAAGACUCCGAUUUGCGGGGGAGUGUGAUUUAAUUGGAAAAUAACUACGGUGGCAGCAGUGCUUGGAGGCCAUAGUGCAGCCAGGCAGUCCGGGAGUCGACCCGAACGCAACCGCGCAGCAAACAGUGUCCGGCCGCGAGCGCAAGAAGCGAAAAGUGACGCCCCAAAAUCGUAUUGAUUUUGGGUUGCAAUUGUGCAUUAAAUAUUUAGUGAAAAACGAGGGUUGGGCGCGUGGCAGGCCGUGGCAAAUUGUUGCUCCUGUUUCGGUUCGGACAUACCCACUGCCCCUCUGCCAGGGAUCAUUCCAGAAAUGCAAGCCACAAACUGGAGCAGGAGCAGGAAGUGAAGUGGAUUCGGAGGAGGCUGCUCGAAUAAAAAGAAAAAGAAGUCAUCGCGUUUUGGUGGCGUCCCCCUGAUUUAUUUUGGGGCACAGUGUGCGUGUGUACGGGCGAGUAAACAAACAAGCAAACGCAAACAGAUUCUACGAAAAUGGCCAACAGCAGUCGCAGUCGCGCUAUACUGAGCGUUAAUCUCGAUUCGGUCAUGGCCAACGAUCCGCUGCGUGAGCUCUUCGAGGCCUGCAAGACGGGGGAGAUAGCCAAGGUGAAGAAGCUGAUAACACCGCAGACCGUGAAUGCCCGGGACACGGCUGGUCGCAAGUCCACGCCUCUCCACUUUGCAGCGGGUUAUGGACGCCGGGAAGUGGUGGAAUUUCUGCUGAACAGCGGCGCCUCCAUCCAGGCCUGCGACGAGGGCGGCCUCCAUCCGCUGCACAACUGCUGCUCCUUCGGGCAUGCGGAGGUGGUGCGACUGCUGCUGAAGGCGGGAGCCAGCCCGAACACCACCGACAACUGGAACUACACGCCCCUCCACGAAGCCGCCAGCAAGGGCAAGGUGGACGUAUGCCUGGCCCUCCUCCAGCACGGCGCCAAUCAUACGAUACGCAACUCGGAGCAGAAGACGCCCCUGGAGCUGGCCGAUGAGGCGACACGGCCAGUCCUGACCGGGGAGUAUCGCAAGGACGAGCUCCUGGAGGCUGCUCGUUCGGGCGCGGAAGACCGUCUCCUGGCCCUUCUCACUCCCCUCAACGUCAACUGCCAUGCCAGUGAUGGCCGGCGCUCCACUCCCCUCCACCUGGCAGCCGGCUACAAUCGAAUAGGGAUCGUGGAGAUCCUCCUGGCCAACGGAGCCGAUGUGCAUGCCAAGGACAAGGGCGGCCUGGUGCCGCUACACAACGCCUGUUCGUACGGCCACUUCGAUGUCACCAAGCUGCUCAUCCAGGCGGGCGCCAACGUGAAUGCGAAUGAUCUCUGGGCAUUUACUCCGCUCCACGAGGCGGCCUCCAAGAGCCGGGUUGAGGUCUGCAGUCUUCUGCUGAGCCGCGGAGCGGAUCCCACUCUCCUCAACUGCCACAGCAAGUCGGCCAUAGAUGCGGCUCCCACCCGAGAGCUUCGCGAGCGGAUAGCCUUCGAGUAUAAAGGCCACUGUCUGCUGGACGCCUGUCGGAAGUGCGAUGUGUCGCGUGCCAAAAAACUGAUCUGUGCGGAGAUCGUCAACUUUGUGCAUCCGUAUACGGGAGACACCCCGCUCCACCUGGCCGUGGUCUGUCCGGACGGCAAGCGGAAGCAGCUCCUGGAGCUGCUCACUCGAAAGGGAGCCCUGCUGAACGAGAAGAACAAAGCAUUCCUCACUCCACUGCACCUGGCCGCCGAACUGCUUCACUACGAUGCCAUGGAAGUGCUGCUGAAGCAGGGAGCCAAGGUCAACGCAUUGGACAGUCUGGGCCAGACGCCGCUCCAUAGGUGUGCCCGGGAUGAGCAGGCGGUGCGGUUGCUGCUCUCGUACGCUGCCGACACAAAUAUAGUGUCCCUGGAGGGCCUCAGCGCCUCGCAACUCGCCUCGGACACCGUGCUGAAGUUGCUCAAAAAUCCACCGGACAGCGAGACCCAUCUCCUGGAAGCGGCCAAGGCCGGCGAUCUGGACACGGUGCGUCGUAUAGUGCUCAACAAUCCCCACACCGUCAAUUGCCGGGAUCUGGACGGACGACAUUCCACUCCGCUGCAUUUCGCCGCCGGCUUCAACCGCGUUCCCGUGGUUCAGUUUCUGUUGGAGCACGGAGCCGAGGUGUAUGCGGCGGACAAGGGCGGCCUAGUGCCCCUCCACAACGCCUGUUCGUAUGGCCACUACGAAGUAACCGAACUGCUAGUCAAGCACGGCGCCAACGUGAAUGUCUCGGACUUGUGGAAGUUUACGCCGCUGCACGAAGCGGCUGCCAAGGGCAAGUACGACAUUUGCAAGCUGCUGCUGAAGCACGGCGCUGAUCCCAUGAAGAAGAAUCGCGACGGGGCCACCCCGGCAGACUUGGUCAAGGAAUCAGACCACGAUGUGGCGGAGCUGCUGAGGGGGCCGUCGGCGCUGCUGGAUGCCGCGAAGAAGGGCAACCUGGCCCGGGUCCAGCGAUUGGUUACCGCCGAAACGAUAAACUGCCGGGAUGCUCAGGGCAGGAACUCCACGCCACUGCACUUAGCUGCCGGUUAUAACAAUUACGAGUGCGCUGAAUACCUUCUGGAGCACGGAGCGGACGUGAAUGCCCAGGACAAGGGUGGUCUCAUUCCCCUCCACAAUGCCAGCAGCUAUGGCCACCUGGACAUUGCAGCGCUGCUGAUCAAGCACAAGACGGUGGUGAACGCCACCGACAAAUGGGGAUUCACGCCGCUGCAUGAGGCAGCUCAGAAGGGUCGCACUCAGCUGUGUUCCCUUCUUCUGGCCCACGGAGCGGACGCCUAUCUGAAGAACCAAGAGGGUCAGACGCCCAUCGAGCUGGCCACGGCUGACGACGUCAAGUGUCUGCUGCAAGACGCGAUGGCCACCUCCCUGAGCCAACAGGCACUGAGCGCUUCCACACAGUCGCUGAGCAGCAGCUCUCCAGCCCCCGAUGCUGCUGCAUCGGCUGCGGGAACCACUUCGUCCUCCUCCUCCACAAUGCUGUCACCCACGACGGAAACGGUCCUCCUGCCCACUGGCGCCUCCAUGACGCUCAGUGUUCCCGUCCCCUUGCCGCUGUCUACGCGCAUCAGUCCCGCCCAGGGUGCUGAAGCUCAUGGCGCGGAGGCAUCCAACUCGGAUGAUCUGUUGCCCGACGCCGAGUCCAUCACGAAUGUGUCCGGGUUCUUAAGUAGCCAGCAGCUGCACCACCUCAUCGAGCUGUUCGAACGAGAGCAAAUCACCCUGGACAUACUGGCCGAAAUGGGCCACGACGAUCUCAAGCAGGUGGGCGUCUCUGCCUACGGCUUCCGCCACAAGAUACUUAAGGGAAUUGCCCAGCUCAGGGCCACCACAGGCAUUGGUAACAACGUUAAUCUGUGCACCUUGUUGGUGGACCUGCUGCCUGACGACAAGGAGUUCGUGGCCGUCGAAGAGGAGAUGCAGGCCACGAUCCGUGAGCAUCGAGACAAUGGUCAGGCCGGAGGUUAUUUCACCCGCUAUAAUAUUAUUCGGGUUCAAAAGGUGCAGAAUAGAAAGCUUUGGGAGCGGUACGCUCAUCGCCGCCAGGAGAUCGCCGAGGAGAACUAUUUGCAGUCUAACGAGCGGAUGCUCUUCCACGGCAGUCCGUUCAUCAAUGCGAUUGUGCAACGGGGCUUUGAUGAACGCCACGCCUACAUCGGUGGCAUGUUUGGGGCGGGCAUUUAUUUUGCGGAGCACAGCUCGAAGAGCAACCAGUAUGUGUACGGAAUUGGCGGCGGCAUUGGGUGUCCCUCGCAUAAAGACAAGUCCUGCUACGUGUGUCCUAGGCAACUGCUCCUGUGCCGAGUGGCGUUGGGCAAGUCCUUUUUGCAGUACAGCGCCAUGAAGAUGGCCCACGCACCACCCGGCCACCACUCGGUGGUGGGACGUCCGUCGGCUGGUGGCCUGCACUUCGCCGAGUAUGUUGUCUAUCGGGGCGAACAGUCUUAUCCAGAGUACUUGAUAACCUACCAGAUCGUGAAACCCGAUGACAGCAGUAGCGGGACGGAAGAUACAAGAUGAUGGAUGCCCUCUGUCGGCUCCACGCCCACAACCACAUCCCCAGCGCUGCAACAGCAGCAGCAGCAGCAGAUGUUGCAACAACCACAACCACAACAGCAGCAGCAGCAGCCAAUUGUGCAACAACAAAUGCAGCAACAACAACAGCAGCAACAUCAACAUCAGCAACAUCAACUGCAGCAGCAACAAUUGCAGCAACAACAACAGCAGCAGCAACACCAACUGCAGCAGCAGCAACCCCAACCCCAGCCACCACAACAACCCCGAUCGCUGCCGAUACCGUUACCGUUAGCGUUACCGUUACCAUUACCAUUACCGUUACCAUUGCCAGCACCACCACAACAGCAGACCUCAGCUCCAGUUGCCAAGAAGCGGCGUGCCAAGCCAACAAAGCCGCCACUGCAGUUGCAGUACCAGCACUAUCAGCCCCAGCAGCAGCAGCAGCAGCAGCCGCAAACUCAACACCAUCACCAUCAGCCGCAACACCAUCAUACGGUUGUUACAACCACCCAACCUGCCCCAGCUGGCGUCUUUGCGCACAACAACAAUAACAACUCGAGUUCUGCCAACCCGGGAAGCGGCAAUAUGAACAACAACAAUAACAAUGACCUGUCGCCGGUGUCGAAUAGCAAUAGCUACUCCUCAGUGGACACCAAUCAGACGCUGCUCAACUCUCUGGCCAACCAGCAGCGCAACAAUCGACAGCAACAACAGCAGCAACACCAGCGACCCAAUCGCAGCCAGAGAUAUAGUCAAUUUAUGAUCAUCACACCCGCCGUAUCCAUUGAUCGGGACUUUGAAUACGAGUCGCCCUUGGACUUUGAAGACUUUGCCAAUGCUGCUCACAACAACGGGAAUCUCUUUCGGUUGGGAUUGCGCCGGAGCGACAGCAGCAGUGACGACAGCGGACACAGCAGCGACAGUGGCAGCUUCCGCUCGAAUUAUAAUCCGUACUUGCACCACAGCCGCCAGCAUUUGCUGUCCAAGGGUAAUGCCGAUGGCGGCGGGGCAAGUCGUCAUUUUUACGCCUUUACCUCGUCGUGGAGAUGGUGCAGUUUCUUGUGCGCCGCUAUGCGGUGUUUUGGAGCCGGCGGUGCCGGACACGGCAAUGCUCCGUAUAGUAGCUCCCUGCAGCACCAUCGCUUGAGGAGAUGCUCGUCGUACAACGCUGAGAAUGCGUACGAACAUUUUGCGGCUCCGUUUAAGGCGCGAAAGAUGCGCGAUCACAUGAACAACAUCACCUACGAGUUGUGACGGUGGUGCCACGCGCUGGUGGUUAUUGAUCUCUUUGUCUCCGUUGGCCUCCCGACUCUUUUAUUACAAUUACUAGCUAUAGAUGUCGUGUCCUGUGUGUCUCUUUCUCUAACUCUCUCUCGUUGUUUAUUAUUACUCCACAUGAAUAUAGAUCGCGGCGAGCAAACGAGAUUGGUUUGAAUUGAAUUGGAUUGCAUUCGGUUAGUUUAAUGAUUAAACUUUAAUCAAAUGUGAAGCACGGUUUUUGAGGGAUUUUAAUUGGAAAUAUUGAACAGAAAUACAGAAAAACAGAAAA